UGCGUCCUCUACUUCCGGUCAUAGUGGAUAACAACUUUUACGUGGCCAAGUUAGCCGAAGAUCUCGGCAAUUUGUGGCACUAUGUCUCGGCAGAGUGAAUUGAUGGAAAAAGCAGAAGAUGCAGCUGAUACGGUACUUCGAUACUCCAAGCAUUUUCUUCCUCAUGUUGCACGGUUCUGUCUGAUCAGCACAUUUCUGGAGGAUGGAAUCCGAAUGUGGUCACAGUGGGGUGACCAGCGAGACUACAUGAACCAAGCAUGGGGGUGUGGUUAUUUCCUCGCCUCCCUCUUUGUACUUAUAAAUCUCCUCGGCCAGAUUGGCAGCUGCAUCAUGAUACUCAGUCGACAGAAGGUUGGCAUCGCGUGUGGCAUUCUGUUCGGUAUUAUUUCACUCCAGACCAUUGCAUACAGUAUUUUGUGGGAUUUUCAUUUUCUUCUGAGAAACCUUGCCCUGGCUGGAGGCGUGUUACUGCUGCUGGCAGAAAGCAAGUCUGAAGGGAAGAGCCUAUUUGCUGGCCUGCCAUCUUUAGGUGAAAACAACCCCAAACAGUACAUGCAGCUGAGCGGGCGGAUUCUGCUUGUCCUUAUGUUCCUCACACUAUUCCGGCUUGAAUUCAGCCCUCUUCAGAUGGUUAACCUUGUCGGUCUGGUUCUCAUGCUUCUAGUCGCUGUGGGAUACAAGACAAAGCUGUCCGCCUUGGUUCUUGUCGUGUGGCUCACAGGCCUUAACUUUUAUUUCAAUAACUGGUGGAGCAUUCCCGACUACAAGCCCAUGCGAGACUUUCUCAAGUAUGAUUUCUUUCAGACAUUGUCCGUAAUAGGAGGCUUGCUUUUAGUAGUUGCGUUUGGACCCGGUGGAGUUAGUAUGGAUGAACACAAGAAGAAGUGGUAGUUUACUUUACUGCCUGUAACAAUUUUAUCUGUUAAUGAUAGCAUUAUGAGUCGUCUGUUUGGUUUCAUGGGCGUGCCGAGUUCUUUUAUAGACCUUUUUUGUCAGUUAAUAAAUUUAUUGUAAGAUAUUUCUAUUUUUGUAAUAUUAGUUAUUAAUUAUUAUUUUUAGUUUUUUGUGUCAUCAGAGAUUGUUACAUACGUUAACUUGGUAGAAUCUUUGCAUUCUAUCCAACCACAUUAUUCAUUUUCUGAAUAAUGGUGGUCAGAUUUCAACUUCUUCAAAACCAGUGAACCAUGAUGAGGUGAUAGAAAUUUAGUAUUCCCUGAAACAUAGAUAGUUUGGAGAAGACGUCUUGCAAAUUUUGUUUGAAAACAAAUAUGCAUAUUUUACACACUGCUUUAGUAUUUGGUAGAGAGCAACCUUUUUUAGACUAAAACAAAUUUGGUUGCAGUCUUGACAGUCACAAAUGUUUCAUACUCAAGAAAAACUAGUUUAAAAAACCCAAAUGAAAACAAAGACUCAUUUCUUAAAUCAUGAUGUAUCACCACAUUUGCAUUUCUAGUCAUUGAUAGAAUACAUUUGGGUACUUCAUGCUAACACGUUGAAGUCUCAUCUUCAAAGAGCUGGUUGAAUAAUACUCUUCAAAUAGUGCAGAUAAUCUGAAAUGGUCAUGUGACUGUCAUGAAGAUAUUGCUUGAUUAACUGAUGGUCAUCAUUGCACAAGUACCAAUGGUAGUAUAAUGUAGGUGAGCUUCCAUCAACAUAUUAGUUUAUCUAAAUGUAAGAAGUCGUGUUGAAUUAAAUUGUCUGAUCUAUUACAGUUGUAAAAAUAUAAAAAUGAGCUCUGGUGGUAUUAACAAUUACCAUUUUAUUUUAUUUAGUUUUUGUUAAUCAUUUUUAAUAGCCAAUAUAAAUGUUGUAGGACUCGGCAUUAAUGGCCCAUGUCAGACUUGAGAUGUAUCUUUUCAGUGAAACAUACAAACUGUGCUUGAUUGUUUAGACUAACAGUAAGGGAGUGGUACGUUUGUUAUAUUGUCUUACAUCUUGUUCAUAGAUGUUGUAUGUGUGUAAAUAUAUAUAUAUAUAUAUAUUAAAAAAAAAAAGAGUAACAGUCACGUUUGCAUUACACUUGUAACUAUGUGUAUGUAAAUUUGAAUAAAUUUGUUUCUUGUCUUAACAAUUUUAGACUACUUUUAUCUUUUCGAUGACAACUGAAACAAUAUCACUGUGCAGUGUGUAUUGACCUGGAACAUACGAGUACAUGAUGUAUUCUGAUGACAUCUAAAUCAUAUUGAUUUUUGUGCAGGAUGCAUGCAACUGAAAUGCUGCAGUCAUUGCACUCUUUAUUGCACUAAUGGGCACAACCAGGAAACAUGUUUGGUUAAUGAUAAACAAGUAGACAUAUUGACUAGAACUGGAAUUUAUUUAAAAUAAGGAUCAGGAUUUAUCUCUGUAAGCUGAGGUGCCCGAGUCGCAUGAUUGAACAUCCUCCAUGCUGGUACUUCAAAGACUAUCCUAUGCUAUCCUAUCUCUGGGAAAGUACAUGUAAAAGAUCUGUUACUAUUAAUGGAAGAAUGUAGCAGGUUUCCUCUGAAGACUACAUGUCAGAAUGACCAAAUGUCUAACACCCAGUAGCUGAUGAUUAAUUAAAAUUGGGCUCUAGUGGUGUCGUUAAACAGAACUAACUAUUUAGUAUAAGGAGGUCAAUAAACUUGAUGGUAGGGUACUUGUAAGAAGUGAAGUGGGUCGAGGGAUUAAUUGGCUUGUGGAUCUGUUCACAUUUUCAAAAUGUGGGUGUUUUUUUUUACUUUCAACCGUUGCCUCACAAAGAUCCCUUGCUGCGUGUCAGUAGAAUAGCUUAUGUGGCAGCCACAGGUUCCCCCUCUGACCAUUAAGAUCGAUAAUUACAUUUUGGACACCAAACACCCAGGCUUUGACAUGUCAUUGAACAUGCAUUUGUUUUCUUUCCUUUAUUUCUUUGCAACUAAGUGAAAGUUUGCUCCAUUGUUACAUGCUGUAAGUCAUUGUCCUAUAUCUUGAGAUCCAAUCCGGAUGUAGGAAGCAACACUGACAACAGCUUAUGCAUAUUCAUAUUUACAACUGUUUUGAUAUCAAGUUUGUUAGGACGGGUUUGUCUUGACCUUUUUAUUACAAAUAAUUUCAAGAUUCAUUUAUGGUAUGAGUUGAAGGGUGGGUUUUUUUUAAUGAUCAUUUCUUGUGUUAAGAAAGGCAUAUUUUAUUUUAUGCAUUGAGCAUUUUUUAAGUUUGCUUUCUUUGAAUCCUUAGUUUUUCUUUGGUUUACCAAAUUUGUUAGGAUUAGAUGAUGGCAAGUUUAAAAUUUACAUUCGUUUAAAAUGCCAGUCUGCUGGUCUACAGUCGAUGUAAGUGUUCUUUGGAAGGGCAACUUUAUUGAUGUCACCAAUCAUGUGUUAUUUCACAUACAAACCACAUAACCUUCUGCUAAAGCUCAUGCAUUAGUUGCUCAGCCCAGUGAUACCUGUUGGAUUAGCAUCCACUUCACUAACAAAUAAUUAAAAUCAUUCUGCAUAUUCAUCCAUUGGUCCUUCAACUGUACAAACAUAUCUCAUAUUUGACUAUAUCUUUUGAGAACUUCAUAAGAUGUUGGGGAUCAGGACUGAAAUGUCAAUAAUCGUUGUUGAACUACAUAUCUGUUAGUAUUUCUAACAUGCAAACAUCGAUUCAUCUGCUGGUAUUACAGGACAAAAAACCCAACUAUUUUUGGUAUACUUACCGUAAAUUAUGCAUUAUUAUACUUGUUGUAAGUUACACUUUCUAAUACUAGUAUUGCAUUAUGGCAAUCAGAUCUGUCUUUAGUUUACUGCUAAGAUGGUGUUUAUAGUUUCCUGUUUGUAACUAUGAGGAUUGAACUGACUGUGUUUCUUAUGUCAUAUUAUUGACCGUGUGACAUAAUUUAACAUUUAUUUUAUUCCGUUAGUAAUGUACUUGCAUUUGCUAAAGAAUGACUGCAUUAUCAGUGUUCGAGAUUAAAAAAUUUGGCCAGUAUCCCAGUUGGAUACUAACAUUUCAAAAUCUGGUAUCCCACUUGAGAAUUUAGUAUAAUAUGGCAUCCCGGUGGGAUACUGGGUUCUUGAAGUCUGGUAUCCAAAAUUAAAUUCUGGUAUCCCCGGGAUAUCGGGAUACCAUUAAUCUCGAACACUGAUUAUGUUAACGUCUUUUAUGUAACUAGAAAUAUUUUGUUAUUAUGUUCAUCUACUGGUCACAAGUAUGAAAGUUUCUAACUCAUGGAUUGUUUUCAUAUUUGGUAUGCAUGAACAAGUGAUUGCUAUCAGCAUUCAUUUUGAUUAACUUUCAAAUGUCCAUAUUUAGAGCCAGAUCAAAAUGAUCUAGUUACCGUAAGUUUUGGAAAUUGCUAAUAAGAUGGAGAAGUGUUUAUACUUUAUUUCAUUGGUAUUGGAAACAGAUUUAAAAUGAAAAUACUAUAGGAACCUGGCUAGGGAUUUUCGAAACUAUCUUGGAACUACUAAAUCGUAAAGCCAUCGAAGGCUAUGAUGUCACUACAGCAUAUAGUGAUGUCGUAGCCUACAAUGGUUUUACAAUUUCAUAGAUUUAAGAUAGCUUCAGAAUAUGGGCCCAGAUCCAUACGGUUUUGGUAUCAUAGUGACCAUGUUUCAUGCAGGAAAAGUUGAUUGCUGACAAAUCCUUAUUGCAUUCUAGUUUAAUCCUGAAAAUAUUAAUCAAAACCGUUUUGUUUUGUUUUUGUUGUCGUCACUUGUUAUUGUUUUGUACUGUACUAAUUAUGUCAGUUAUACAUUGAUGGAAAAUAAUAAUUUGAAUAAAAUUAUUGAAAUAAAUUUCUUUCUUCCAUGACAAUUAUGUACAGAAUAUUGUGUAGCUUGUUCUUGCUUAAUACCUAAUCUCAUAUUAUUGUGUGUUAUACUGUAAAUCUGUAUUACAUGUUUUCUGUAUGGCGGUUUUGAGUAUCAUAGUACCGGUACAUGUAUAAUGAAAAUGUUACAUAUGUACACAGGGCAGAUGGUCCCAUAUGUUUAUACAUAAUUCAUGAUUAUGUAUGGAAUAUGAAGUAACAUAUACCAAGGAUAUCAAAUUGUUCUUUUUAUUAAAUGUUAUGCUAAAUGAA